AUGGCGAAAACCAUCUCGUUACAACAAGCAAACAAGGAGCAUGCCCUUGUGGUAUCCAGGGAUUUCAUUUCCCAACCCCGUUUAACAUACAAGACAGUAUCAGGAGUAAACGGGCCACUAGUAAUCCUCGAUGAGGUGAAGUUCCCCAAAUUCUCUGAGAUCGUACAACUGAAGCUUGCAGAUGGCUCCCUUCGUUCUGGACAGGUAUUGGAAGUCAGUGGCUCAAAGGCUGUUGUCCAAGUAUUUGAAGGUACCUCGGGCAUCGACGCCAAAAACACCCUUUGUGAGUUCACCGGCGACAUUCUCCGUACACCUGUGUCUGAGGACAUGUUGGGCCGUGUGUUCAACGGUUCAGGAAAACCCAUCGACAAGGGUCCCCCAAUUCUUGCUGAAGACUUCUUGGAUAUCCAGGGACAACCUAUCAACCCUUGGUCGCGUAUUUACCCUGAGGAAAUGAUCCAAACCGGUAUUUCCGCUAUUGAUGUGAUGAACUCCAUUGCCCGUGGGCAAAAGAUUCCCAUUUUCUCUGCGGCUGGUUUACCGCAUAACGAAAUUGCUGCUCAGAUCUGUAGGCAGGCCGGUCUUGUCAAGGUCCCCGGCAAAUCAGUCCUUGACGACCACGAAGACAACUUCGCUAUCGUGUUCGCCGCUAUGGGUGUUAACAUGGAGACAGCCCGAUUUUUCAAACAGGACUUCGAAGAAAACGGUUCUAUGGAGAAUGUGUGCCUCUUCUUGAACUUGGCCAACGACCCUACCAUUGAGAGAAUCAUCACACCGCGUUUGGCUUUAACUGCCGCUGAGUUCUUGGCUUACCAGUGCGAGAAACACGUGCUCGUCAUCUUGACUGACAUGUCCUCAUACGCUGAGGCCCUUCGUGAGGUGUCCGCCGCUCGUGAGGAAGUACCCGGACGACGUGGUUUCCCAGGUUACAUGUACACGGAUUUGGCCACAAUCUACGAGCGUGCUGGACGUGUCGAAGGCCGCAACGGAUCCAUCACUCAGAUCCCCAUUCUUACUAUGCCUAACGACGAUAUCACCCAUCCAAUUCCCGAUUUGACGGGUUAUAUUACUGAGGGACAGAUCUACGUCGACCGUCAACUACACAACCGUCAAAUCUACCCACCAGUUAACGUGCUGCCAUCUCUGUCACGUUUGAUGAAGUCUGCCAUCGGUGAGGGCAUGACCAGGAAGGACCACUCUGACGUCUCUAACCAACUGUACGCGUGUUACGCUAUCGGUAAGGACGUACAAGCCAUGAAGGCCGUCGUAGGAGAGGAGGCCCUAACACCUGACGAUUUGCUGUACCUCGAGUUCUUGACCAAGUUCGAGAAGAACUUCAUCACACAGAGCAACUACGAGAACCGUACCGUAUUCGAGUCUCUCGACAUCGGCUGGCAGCUACUCCGUAUCUUCCCCAAGGAGAUGCUGAAGCGUAUCCCCGCCGCCACCCUCGCAGAGUUCUACCCCAGAGACUCCCGCCACUAA